CGGCAAUGCUUGGAGCGUGAUGAAUUCUCCUUCCACCAAAUGCUCGUCAAGCAUCCGAUCGAAGUUCAGCCUGCUUACCUUUCUGAAUUCGCACCAGAAUAGGUACAUUGUCUCGCGUUGCCCAAAUCAAAAGCUCCGUGUCUCUGUAGUUCCUACGGAACAGGAACGGGGUCAGAUAUUUUCAAAUGCUUUUUACCUCGCUGUGGCGAGUCUCAGGGGGGCACCGGAUGUGGAUCGGAAUUCGUGUGCUCUAUUGAGCAAGGUCGAGCAAUCAUCCCGCAUUCGGGGUCUACGCAGGAGCUUUGCUUGGCUGGGUCAGCAGGAACGAGGUUCGAAGAAAGGACCUUCCGAUGGCGCAGCCGAAGACGCGGAAUUAACCGUUCGUGAGC